GAUAAUAAUGAAAUUCAAUCAUCGCAAUGGGACAGACAAAAGACAAUGGAAUAUAAAACAAACAUUAUGGUAUCUUUUUGGAACAUUAUCUACUCAAGGUGGAGAUAUAGAUCAUAUAAAGAAAACCGCAUCUAGAAUAGCGGUAGGACUGUGGCUGCUGUGCUCCAGUGUUUUAGUUUAUAGUUACAGUGGAAUAUUGGUAUCAUUCUUGAGCGCUCCAGUACAAUUACCUUUACCGACAACAUUUCCCGAACUGGCGAAUGCAGUUAAAGCUGGAAAAUUGUCAUGCGGAGGUUAUAACAGAGGAGGAGUAAACAAAUUCAUACGGGAAUCGAAAGACGGUUGGAGAAAAAUCAUAAAAGAUCACAUAUUAGAAAAUGGUAAUUUCUUGGACGGAGACGACGAAGUAAUUUUUCGAUUAAAACAAGGAAAAUUCGCAUUUAUUUGCGAUAUAUACAGAAUUACGAAAAUGAGAAAAAGAAUAAGAGGAAAAUGGUACAUAUCUGACGAUGUUCUAGGAACUUUUUCUGUUGGUUACGUCGUCAGACGAACAUUUCCAGAUAGAAAGAACAUGAAUAAGUUAAUCAUCAGAAUAAUAGAGUCUGGAAUCAACGAUGUAACGUUUCCAAGAAACAGAAUUCCCGAUGAUGUAACUGAAUCAGAGGGGAAACCGCUAACUUUGGAGAACUUUUACGGACAUUUCUUUGUCCUCUCCAUUGGAUAUUUACUGGCGCUAAUUUCUUUUAUAAUAGAAAAAGUCGUUGGAAAAUUUAAAAAAUCAAAUUCGUUGCAUUCGGAAAAUCAAAGUACAGUACAUCCGGCAACUUUGAUUCCGCUUAAUUAAUUGUUGAAAUUUCAAAUCUUUAACACAACUUACUUCAUUAUGUUCACAAUUACUUCAAAACAACAUUAACUUCAAAUUGACUAAUAUUUCACCUUUCGAAUUAGUAUGACCUUUAACAUAAUUAUCAAUAUAUGAAUUUGUAUAACUAUCAAAAUCUUGAAAUUAUUUAUUUAUUUUGAAACUAUUUAACUUUAAAAAAUUAAAAAUCUCAAUAUAAGCUACACAGAAUUUCUUAAUCUCGAGUGAAUCUAAAAUUAAAAUAAAUCUAUUUCAUUAUCGAAACGACUUUCGAAGCAUGCCCGCUAUCUCUAUCUUAGCAGUUAUCUCUACGAUCCGGAAUUUUUUAUGUAAAAAGUUGACUAAUUUGAUGGCUGGAAUGGUGGACACUUUCUUUUAAAAUAGUAGAAAAUUG